AUGAGUCAAGACGGUGUUUCUGGAGCCUCCGCCAAGAGUGCUUUUAAGAGAAUCGUUAUUGUCGCAAAUGACGCUGCGUGUUGGUUAGGCGCGGCGUGUGCCAUUACGUGGGCUCAGCUACCCAUAUUUGGUCGCAACAAGCGGGGCUGUUGCACGAGAAUUGUUUUCGCCGACCGGUUCAACACGCCGCUGGCAAUUCUCUCUGUCGAGGAGUGCCGUGCUCGCCGUCUUGAUCCAAAUGCCUCCCUCACCGCAUUUGAGUCCUUGUGCCGUGACAUGGAGAGUGAUGGUGCGGACCUCAUGAAGCGUGUGGGAUUUGCCGUGGACGCGGCGCGCCAUGAUGCGGCGCCUUGUUUUGUGCCAGAUUUUCAAAAUGAUUUGUACGUGUACAUCUCUGCCCGGGGUCGCAUGGAUUGCACUGACCACAUGUCAUUGCAGUCCCUCGCUUCACUUAAAGGGGGUGGUGGGCGACUUGUGCUACUCUCUGAUGACGCCACACGGCAAUCUGUGCAGGACGUGGCACGGCAAUUGAGUGGAUGGAGGGUGCUUUGUUGCUCGGUAGCAAACUUCUCACCGCCAUGGCGCGAUCUCCACUUGACACGGUCUCUGGUGCGCCAGUGUGGUGGAACGCAAGGGCUGUUGGAGGGUGUUAGCCUCGGUGUCGCCAUGGGAACAGUUAAGCAUCUACAGGUUGGCUUUCGAGACCCAGUGCGUGUUGUUCCGUUGGAUGUAGCAGCCAAUACCGCAUUGGUUAUUGCUUCACUUCAGCGCAAUGGGCAACUUCCGUCGUUCUCUGGAGAUGCCGUCAGCGAUCAUGUGGAGAUUGCCGGUGGUGAUGUAUUGGUGUGGGGAAUGCUCGCGGAGUACCUGGUGGACUACUAUGGACGCCUCGGUCCGGCAGUAGCGAAGUCGUUUCCUGUGCCACAGUUAAUUGAUCCCCGGCCGACACUUCAGGUCUCUGUUCACAUCUCGGACUGGAUCAACUACGGGAUAUCUUUGAUGAUGCCGUUCCAGUGUCACUACACACACGCAGCAGCGCAACGGCGAAAGCAAUUGACAAACUACUUACCUGGAUCCACGGAGGCUAAGCAAAUUCGUGCAACCCUUGAGGGCAUUAAUGGGGCCUUGCGCAUUAUUUCCACACCUAUUGGCUCAAAUGGCACAUGCAAACCAAUUCCUGCUCUCACAACGUUGGAAUCUGGCCAUUACACCAUGUUACUGGACCGAGUAGAGCGGGACCCCACUCUGCAGCCACUUUACCCAUUUAUUUCACUGAAGAGUGUGAGGUGGGAUCUCUACGUCAAGGUCAUCGCACAGGCAGUGGUGGAGCACCUCGCGUACCGUGUAUCAGGGCAACCUUGUAGCCUACCCCCGCCCCUCCCAUACUACCACAAUGACGUUGUAUUUCAUGGUUCACGACGCGCGCCACCAUCUGCGUUCUGCCCGCGUAGGUACUUUGAGGACAUACAUUGGGCCUUGCGGUGUGGAAUGAAAUCUGAUGGUGUUCGCGGCAGUGCUCUUUCAGGGCUCACAAAAGAGUCAAAAGAAGGUAUUAUGGCUCGUCCACAAGUUUUGACAGCUAUUGAAGACGCAGCACAGAGGGAAAGGUCACUGAGCGUCGAUGUGCAAAGACGAGCAGCCGCAAUCCUUCGUACUGUUGGCGAUAACCUCAACCAUGCACAACUGCGUGUGUUUGGAUUAUUGGUACGGAAAGUUUUAUUCCAGUUAUAUGACGAAAUAAGUCUGAAUGAUUCUGCCUUUGAUCGUCUGUAUAGUGCCUUCACCGCAUCACGCGCACAAGUCGUGCUUCUCCCCGCGCAUCGAUCCUAUGUGGACUUUCUCAUCAUGACGUAUCUGCUCGUGGCGAUGGGAUUCUCGCCACCACAUGUUUGUGCGGGUGAAGACUUUCUCCGGAUGGGUCCCUUUUCAAGACUCAUGCGUGGAAGUGGUGCCUUCUUCAUGCGCCGCUCGUUCCGCAAUGAUCGUCUUUACUAUACUCUUUUUAGAGAGUAUGUGCGACAGCUCGUCCUCCGGCGGCACGCGAUGGAGUUCUUUAUUGAGGGUACUCGGAGUCGGACAGGUAAGACGCUGUGCCCCAAGCUCGGCAUCCUCAAAUUCGUCACAGAUGCAUUCUUCGAAAAGCAGGACACCGUGGAUGAUGUGCUCAUCCUUCCUAUCAGCUUGUCGUAUGAUGAGCUGCUGGAAAUAAAACUGUACGCGGACGAGGAAUUGGGCAUUUCAAAGCCCAAGGAAAAUGUUGGUAACUUGCUCCGUGCACGAUCUCUUCUUAACAAACGGCAUGGCAAGAUUCACGUUCAUGUUGGUGAAGUGAUUUCACUUCGGCAGUUCCGCGACCAGCCGCAUCAGUGUCCUGCGCCGUUCGAACCAGUAGGGGGAAAGGUCGGCGACGCAGUACCCAACAAGAACACCCUAACGCCUCCAUAUGUGCUGACCAACCUGGCGUGGCACCUCACGCAUGCCAUUCAAGAUAACACUGUCAUCACGCCAACCGCGUUGCUUUCUACCAUAUUGAACGUCUUUGCGCCCACGACACCAUGCUUGACUUUGAAUGAGGUGCACACACACAUGGCGUGGCUAUGCGCACACAUCAGCAAACGAAAGGGGGCGCUCAGUCCCGAUUGUAUGGACAAUGAUGCUGCAGGGAUGACCCGCAGAGCGCUCACUCACCUUGAAUCUUUUGUGGAGGUUUUGGAUGAAGGUUCAAAGGUGUGUAUUCGACAGGAUAUUUCCUCCUUCAUGGCUAUUGCUACGUAUAGCAACCAACUAGUCCAUGUUUUUGUAGAUGAGGCAGUUAUUGCAAUCGUGGCACAAGCGUGCGGGGAGGUGGAUAUGAAGAAGGAAAUACUACACGUGCAGAGAAACGAACUGAUGGAACGAUGUCAGCAGCUGCGCAAAUUGCUUUCAGCUGAAUUUCAGGAUUACCUCCCCACGUGUCCGUACACGUUCACGUCUUGGUUCGAGACGUUUCUCUCACGACUCUUCGCUUACAAUGAUAACGAUACUGAAAGCGAUGUUUCCUCGAGCUGCGAUGUCACAAAAUCCAGCGACCAGAAUAACAAUAAAGGAAAGGCUCCAAUAGAGUCGAAGCAUAUUUUGGACAUAAGGGUAACACACCUGUUCCGCUUCUUGACUAGUGUACUGUCACCCUUCGCCGAGUCUUUGUACCUUGUUCUUCUCGCACUGUGUGCUGUUUCUGAAGAUGGUAACGAGGACGUAUUUAUCAAGGCCUCACUACUAGAGGCUUGUCGAGAAUGUGGUUUGCAGUUGUACGACACCAAGCGAUUCAUUGUGUAUCCGCAAUCUUGCGGCAAUGAUUCGCUUAAGAAUGCCUUUGAUGGGCUUGUGAGUAUCUUUGAUCUCAAACUCGGUUCCGUUGAGAAGGGUCCCGCUUACGUCCUUCCAGCAACGGCUACCCAUUCCACAUUUUUGACACAAAUGCAGGACAUUUUAAGGCACGUGCGGAAACUCCGCUCGCCCCGCCUUGAGGUAUCAGAAGAAGAAGAGAAAAAGGCACGAGGUGCCAUUUUAAAAGCCUACCGCGAGCGUAUCGUCGCAACGAAGAUGCCAUCCAAGAUGUGA